CCCCGCCCUGGCACGUGAACUCCCGUCAUGCCCCGCAAGCGGCCGUUCAGCGCGAAGCGGAAGAAGCAGCAGCUCCGCGACCGGCGCGAACGGAAGCGGGGCGAUGCCCCGGCAGGGCCGGACUCGGGCCCGGGCAGCCGUAGCGAGAGCCGGGAACGUGGUAGCGAUGUGGCCCCCGCUGAAGCGGGAGAUCCGGCUCCCCCUCCCCGCCGCCACGACCCCGGCAGGUUCCGGCUGCAGCUGGGGGGGCCGCGGGCCGAAGCCUUGGCUCGACGCCGGCGCCGGGCCCAGGAGGAGCUGCUGGAGCUGCUGCCCGAGACCGCCCUUGAGCUGGACCCUGACACCGUCUAUGGCCCCGGGCUGGACUUCCCGCGUCGGCCACCCUGGAGCUUUGCCAUGAGCCCGGAGGAGCUGCGGGUGCGGGAGGAAGCGGUGUUCAGCGCCUUCCUAAGGGCCGUUCGGGAGGGCCAGCGCCACAACGGGGCCGAGGAGGGGGGCACCAACGGUGACGGCGAUGACGAUGGAGGGGAUGUGGCCCCUUUCGAGCACAACCUGGAGACAUGGCGGCAGCUCUGGCGCGUGCUGGAGAUGUCUGAUGUCAUCCUCCUCAUUGCUGAUGCUCGGCACCCGGCGCUGAACGUGCCGCCGGCGCUGGCCACCCACGUGACGCGGGAGCUGGGGAAAGGCCUGAUCCUCAUCCUCAACAAAGUGGACCUGACCUCCCCUGCUGUGGCCACCGCCUGGAGCCACCUCCUGCGCCGCCGCUUUCCCACCGCCCGUGUUGUCCCCUUCACCUCCGCCCCCCGACAGCCCUCAGCACCCGGUCUGCAGCGACGGCAGAGGCGAGGGGGCGGCUGGAGCCGGGCUGUGGGACCUCGGCAGCUUCUGGAGGCCUGCGAGAGUAUCGUGGGGGAAGAAGUGGACCUGAGCAGCUGGCGAGCGCGGCUGGACCGGGCGGAGGAGGCGGCGGCGCGAGGGGAGGAAGAGGAGGAGGAAGAGGAGCAGCAGGAGGAGGUGGGGGACGACGGGGACGCGGGUGAUGACGACGCUGACGGCAACGGCCCCGUGGCGGCCCCCCGGCAGUGGGAGCGGUACCGCCACGGCGUCCUCACCCUGGGCUGUGUCGGCCUGCCGAACGCGGGCAAGUCCUCGGUGCUGAACGCGCUGGUGGGACGUAGCGCCGUCAGCGUCUCCCGUGCCCCCGGCCGCACCCGCUACUUCCAGACCCAUUUCCUCACCCCCACCGUCCGCCUCUGUGACUGUCCCGGCCUUGUGUUCCCCUCCCGUGCCCCUCCGGCUCUCCAGGUGCUGGCGGGCGUCUACCCCAUCUCGCAGCUGCAGGAGCCCUACUCAGCUGUGGGGUACCUGGCUGCCCGCCUCCCGUUGCCGCCUCUCCUCCAACUGCGCCCCCCCAGUGCCGCCACUGGUUGGACUGCUUGGGAUCUUUGCGAAGCCUGGGCAGAGAAACGAGGGUACAAGACAGCAAAGGCAGCUCGUAACGACGUCUACCGCGCGGCCAACAGCAUCCUGCGGCUGGCAGCCGAAGGCCGACUCCGCCUCUGCCUGCGCCCGCCUGGCUACGCCGCCCAGAAGGAUUUGUGGGAACAGCACCCCGAGACGGCGGCGCUGGCGGCCCUGCAGGAGAGGGGGGACCCGGGUGUCCAUGGCUCCGCCCCCCCGGGGGAGGGGUCAACCUCGGAGGAGGAGGAGUGUGACAGUGGUGAAGAGGUGGAGCCUGGAGAGGCCACGCCCCCUGGCAGCACCGCCUCCAAUCCCUUUGCUCUGCUGGGAGAGGAUGAGUGUUAGCUCCGCCUCCCGGGGCACAGCCAAUCAGAGGUCAACACUAAUACCAUGUAUGGAAUAAAAGGUUUAUUUCUGCA